AGGCCCCUCCACCGCAGCUCAAGUAGUAAGCAAAAGAAAAAGGAUGGAAAACAACGACGUUUUAUCUUCUGUUUGGUGCAUUUGGAUCUGCUAAAAAUUGAAAUUAAAAUUCGAAAUCAGUGUUCAUAAUCAUCAGAUCUCACUCUGUCUCCGCCUUCAAAUGGCAGCGAUCUCAGUUCACCAAUUCGCACCUUGCAUAACAUGCCAUGCUUGGAGCCCCGAUCACUCCAUGAUUGCUCUCUGUCCAAAUAAUAAUGAAGUUCACAUUUAUAAAUUAUCACCUGAAAAUAAGUGGGAGAGGCUACACGUACUCCAAAAGCAUGAUCAAAUUAUCUCUGGGAUUGAUUGGAGUGUUAGAUCGAACAGGAUUGUUACUGCUUCUCAUGAUCGAAAUUCAUAUGUCUGGAACAAAGAAGGCACGGAAUGGGUACCAACCCUUGUUAUUCUGAGGCUAAACCGUGCCGCACUUUGCGUGCAGUGGAGUCCAAAAGAGAAUAAGUUUGCUGUUGGAAGUGGAGCUAAAACUGUUUGUAUAUGCUAUUAUGAGCAAGACAACAAUUGGUGGGUAAGUAAGCUUAUCAGGAAAAGACACGAUUCUUCUGUGACAAGUGUUGCAUGGCACCCUAAUAAUAUUCUUCUCGCGACUACAUCCACUGAUGGAAAAUGUCGAGUGUUUUCCACUUUCAUAAAAGGUGUCGAUACAAGGGACUCUAAAGCAGGUUCUUCCUCUGACUCAAAAUUUGGGGAGCAAAUUAUUCAGCUUGAUCUCUCAUUUUCCUGGGCAUUUGGUGUGAAGUGGUCACCAAGUGGCAAUACCUUGGCUUAUGUAGGCCAUAAUUCUAUGAUUUACUUUGUUGAUGAUGUUGGUCCUUCUCCAUUGGCCCAAAAUGUUGCAUUUCGUGAUUUACCUCUCCGUGAUGUUGUAUUUGUUUCUGAGAAAAUGGUCAUAGGUGGGGGAUUUGAUUGCAAUCCUAUGGUUUUUGCGGCAGAUGAAGGAGGGAAUUGGACCUUUAUCAGGUUCCUCGGAGAAAGAAAACCAUCACUUCCAGGUUCAACAUAUGGAUCGCAGUUCUCUGAGGCAUUUGGAAAAUUUUAUGGGCAAUCAAAGACUGGAGGGAGUAAUGAUGCUGUGGAUGCUACAAAAUCACGAGGCAUUCACGAGAACUGCAUAAACUGCAUCGUGCCUCUUAGGAGUUCGGGAAGUGAUAGAACACUGCGAUUCAGCACAUCAGGAUUAGAUGGAAGAGUAGUUAUUUGGGAUCUGGAGAACCAGGAAGAUCUGUCUGGAUACUUGUGAAUAUCCGUCUCUCGUAGCGUUUGGCAUACCAAGAGCAUAUAUCGAGGGAGCAUCGGAUACUGAAACAUGCCUUGUACAUCAAGUAAUUUACCAGUUUCCUCAUGUUAGCCUAGCACAUAUCGAAAACCCAAGUUCAGGUGGCUAUUGUUUAGAACAACUUAGCAGACCGAGAAGCGCUUGUAAAAUAUAUGCUCUCAGUUACUCUAUCAUGUAUGAAUUUCAUCACCGGUUUCCCUCUUUGCUUAUUCUGCGGAUCUUAAAAAAAAUUGCAGUUCAUUACCUGGAAAGAGUUAAUUGUAGUUAGAUAUACUGCUAUUCAGAAAUUCAUCAUUGGUGAACUCUUUGUUUAUGAUUAAUUGAAUAUUUUGAUUAGAAUUGGCGGAGAAAGUUAGUUGUCUUCCUCCUCGUAA